UCCCCUCUGGAAGGAUUGCUCUGGCUCUUUCGACAUCCACGGCCGCUGCCGUCUCCGUCUCUUUCUUUUCCUUCCUAGACUUUUCGAAACUCAGGGACGGGAUAGAAACUUCACAAAAAUUACCAACUAAAAGAAACUGGGUUUGAGCUUUCUCUCGUUGCGCUUCUUUUGCAUUUUCAGAUCUCGCCGAAUGUUAACUCUGCUCCUUGCAAGAUGAAGUUAGCCUGCAUCUUCCUUAUUUUCCUAUUUCAGGACUGUUUUUUAAUAAAGAGAGUUCUCGCUCAGGGAUCAGAACUAUCCAACAGAGUAAUAGCUUUCCAAGAUUGCCCGGUGGAUUUGUUUUUUGUCCUGGAUACCUCUGAGAGCGUUUCCUUAAGGGAAAAGCCUUUUGGUAGAGCCAACGUUGACAAGAUCAAAGCAUUCACUAAUCAAUUCAUUGAUAAAUUAAAUGACAGAUAUUAUCGAUGUGACCGAAAUCUAGUGUGGAAUGCAGGUGCCUUACAUUACAGUGAUGAGGUGGAACUGAUUAAGAAACUUACCCGGAUGCCCAGUGGGCGAGCGGACUUAAAGAACCGUGUGUCCUCAGUAGAGUCUAUUGGGAAAGGCACCUAUACUGACUGUGCCAUUAAGGCAGGGCUUGAAGAACUACUCAUUGGCGGAUCUUAUCAUAGGGAAAAUAAGUAUCUUAUUGUGGUGACAGAUGGACAUCCCUUAGACGGUUACAAAGAGCCCUGUGGGGGACUGGAAGAUGCAGCCAAUGAAGCAAAGCACCAGGGGAUCAAAGUGUUUGCUGUUGCUGUAUCUCCAGACCAUCUGGAAUCCAGAUUAAAUGUGAUUGCUACAGACCAUGACUAUCGUCGCAAUUUCACAGCAACUGUACCACAAAGUGAUAUUCCUAGAACAAUUGACACCAUCAUUGAAAUGAUUAAAAAUAAUGUGGAGCAUGUGUGUUGUUCCUAUGAAUGCCAGCCUCCUCGAGGACCUCCAGGGCAUAUUGGGGACCCAGGAGAAGAGGGAGAAAGAGGGAGACCUGGCAUGCCAGGAGAAAAAGGAGAAACUGGAGAUCAUGGAAAGCAAGGUGACCCAGGACCUAUUGGUUACCAAGGGAUGAAGGGAGACAAGGGCAGCCGAGGAGACAAGGGCUCAAGAGGUGCAAAAGGAGGCAAGGGAGAGAAGGGCAAGCAUGGCAUAGAUGGCGCUGAUGGCCAGAAGGGUGAACAAGGAUAUCAUGGACUAUCAGGAUGCAAAGGAUCUCCUGGAUUUGAUGGCUUACAAGGACCUCCUGGACAAAAAGGGGAUGCUGGUUCUUAUGGACCCAAAGGGAUAAAGGGAGAGCCUGGGCCCAAAGGAGGUCCAGGCCCACAAGGAAAAGAUGGACGUCCUGGCAACAAGGGUCUGCCUGGAGAAGUGGGAGCCAAAGGAGAAAAAGGAGAAUGGGGAGAUGAGGGAAGUCCUGGCUCUGAUGGUGGCCCUGGACCAAAGGGUAGCCCUGGAUCUGAAGGCUUACGAGGUGUCCCUGGGACUCGUGGGUCAAAAGGAGAAAAGGGUGAGCCAGGUCCACCAGGAGAACAAGGCCGUGAGGGACUUUUUGGACCACCAGGAGACCCAGGUAAAGUAGGUGCACCUGGACCUAAGGGUUUUAGGGGCGAUGAAGGACCUGCUGGACCAGAGGGUCCUAAAGGGCAGGUUGGACCACCUGGAAUAACUGGAAACCCUGGCUUGAUGGGCGAUAGAGGAGAUGAUGGCUCACCAGGAAAUGGGACCAUUGGCUAUCCUGGUGCUCCAGGAGAUCCUGGAACUAGAGGUGAACGUGGAGUUAAUGGCACCAAAGGCUACACGGGGCCCAAAGGCGAUGAUGGUGAAAUUGGAGAGCCUGGUAAACAAAUAACUGAACCUGGGAUCAAAGGCAGGAAAGGUGCCAAAGGUUACAGGGGAUCAGAAGGAGCACCAGGACCUCCAGGAUCUCCAGGACUCCCUGGGCCAGAUGAAUGUGAAAUUUUAGAUAUCAUCAUGAAAAUGUGUUCUUGCUGUGAAUGUAAGUGUGGUCCCAUUGAUAUUAUAUUCGUACUAGACAGUUCUGAGAGCAUUGGAGAAAUGAAUUUUGGUAUUGCAAAGGAUUUUAUAAUUAAAGUUAUUGACAGGCUGCGCACAGAAGAACAUGUAACAUUUUCCAAAGAAGACUCUAAUCUUGCUAUUGUGCAGUAUAGUCAUGGUGGAACUGAGGAAUUGGUGCUCAUGAAAGACGGAGACGUUCAAGGUUUCAAGGAGGCUGUGAAGAACCUUCACUGGAUUGCUGGUGGCACCUUUACUGGAGAGGCUCUUGACUACACCAAAAGACGUCUGGCUCCGUCUUUCACUCACAAAAGAGUUGUCAUUGUCAUCACCGAUGGACGGACUGACGUAUUACACGAUCCAACACCCAUCAACGUACUUUGUGAAAGAAAUAAUGAUAAGGUUGUCCCUGUGGGUUCUAGUGAUAUCUUCAAAGAUCCUCCAGAUUCUGAAAAAUUAAGUGAAAUAUCCUGUGGAGGCCUCACAUUUACCCAACCAGAGUAUAUUGCCUUGCUGGAUGACACCUUCAUUCAGAAUGUUACCUCUUAUGUUUGUCGAGAAAAACAAUGUCCUGACUAUACCUGCCCAAUUACUUUUGCUGACUCAGCUGAUAUCACACUUCUCGUGGAUAGCUCUGCCAGUGUUGGGGCCCAUAACUUCAAUAUCACCAAGAAGUUUGUGAAACGUCUUGCAGAACGAUUCACAUCAGCUGGUAAAAGUCCAGGGGCUUCUGUGCGCAUUUCUGUUGUCCAGUACAGUGGCAACAAACAGCAAAAACGGGAGGUGGACUUUCAACGGAACUACACAGUGAUAGCUGAUAUAAUUGACAAAAUGGAAUUUAUAAAUGAUGGCACAGAUGUUGUUGCAGCCUUGAACUUUGUCAACAACCUGUUUCGGACAUCCUCUCGUCCUGCUAAGAAGAGGGUGCUGAUCUUCUCAGAUGGCAAUUCUCAAGGUAUCACUGAAAAUGCCAUCGAGAGAGCAGUCCAGAAUGCUCAACAGCUGGACAUUGAAAUAUUUGUACUUGCUGUUGGCCCCCAAGUCAAUGAGCCCAACCUACGUUUGCUUGUCUCCCAAAAAGCUGCUCAGGAUGUUGUAGCCUACAGAGCGCGCCACCUUUUCAGAGUACCAGAUUAUCAAUCUUUGCUGAAAGGUGUAUUCUAUCAAACUGUCUCCAGAAAACUAGCUAUAAUCUGAGGAGGUGAUUCCUAGAGAAGCAAGUUAGUGCAUAUUCUAUGAUUUCAGGAAUAAAUUGUUAACCUCCCAUGGAACCCAUGUUUUUAUACAGAGCCAUAAUCUUUUGUCCUUGCUUUCAGGCUUGCUAUGUUUAUCCCUGUUCAUUCCUCUUUUCUUUAUUGUCCAUGAAUUCCUCCAGUCUACAGGAAGAAAUACAAAUUGAUUUAUUGUCACUCUAGUUCAUAACUG